GAAUAUAAGCCGAUUGCGCAAGGUUUCAUGAUAUAGUUGCGGUUUGCAGUAUCGUUUGAGGACAGUUGAAAUCAAGGAUGGAACAGUGGCGUGGAAAGAUUGCCGUGGUUACAGGAUCCAGUGCAGGCAUCGGUGCAACCAUAGCUAUUCAGCUAACUAACGCCGGGAUGAUUGUGGUUGGAUUGGCCAGGCGUACUGAGCGUACGGAAGCUUUGAAAAAACAAGUGUCACCAAGCUUAAGGAAUAACUUGCAUGCCGCACGUUGCGAUGUGAGCAAGGAGAACGAGAUAGUUUCCAUCUUCAAAUGGAUCGACGAAAAGUUUGGUGGUGUGGAUGUUAUAAUCAAUAAUGCCGGCGUUGUUCGUGACACCAAAUUGAUAGAUUUGAACAAUACGCAAUCUAUACGUGACACAUGGGAAACUAAUGUCAUGGGCUUAGUGCUGUGCAGCCGAGAAGCCUACCAGUCGAUGAAACGAAGAUCUGUUGCGGGACAUAUUAUCAACAUUAACAGCAUUGUUGGCCACAGUGUUCCCUAUUCAGUAGAAGCUAUACUUUCAUCUUACAAUAUGUAUGCUCCUUCGAAGUAUGCUGUAACUGCAAUUACAGAAGUAACCCGCCAAGAGCUUCUGGGAGAAAAAUCUAAAGUGAAAAUUACUAGCAUAAGUCCUGGAGCAGUGAAAACGGAGAUAGCUGAUUUCAGUAAUGUUGAACUUCCACUACUCAAUCCAGAAGACAUUGCGCAAGCUGUGUUGUAUGCAUUAUCUACCCCACCACAUGUCCAGGUUCAUGAGCUGAUUAUCAAACCAGUAGGAGAGCGAUUCUAAGUAACCAGAUAUUGCUGCAGAAUAUUUGAACUACAAGUUCCAAACACCGACAUAACUCAACGAACCGCCAAAUUCCGCCCAUUUGGAUAUAAUUGUGAUAUUUUUCAAAAACAUAAAAACAAAACUAUAACGUUUUGAUUAGGUAUAUUAUAAAAUAUGUAAAACUUGCAUAAGACGAGCAAGAAUAAAAAGAUUCCGAGGUGCAUACAUUUAAAUUGUACCAUGUUGGAAAUGCUGGUCAACUACCACCCAAGAGCAGCUGUCUAGGACAGAUGCUUAGCAGCGUAUCUUGGUAAGGUAAAUGCAGCUCGAUGUACAUCCGUAGUGUAGUACCGCAUCUUCAUCUCGUCGAUC